AUGGAGCAGGUGGAGCAGGUGGAGCAGGUGGAGCAGGUGGAGCAGGUCGAGCAGGCCGCACAGCCCCCAGGACGCCCUCCGGCCAUGAAGGACACCAGAGUGGAGGUGGAGUCCCAGGCCCCGCAGCCCCAGGCUCCGCAAUCUGAGGCCCCGCAGCCCCAGGCCCUUCAGGCUCAGCCUGCCGAAAGCACACAGCACAGAGAAGCCAGGAAGGCUAAGAAAAAAGCCCGGCAUGGGCAUGUGAGAGGUGUUUCAGCUGGCCUGACCAAGUCCGGCAAUCACCAAAAAAAGAAACGCAAGCAAGCUGAGGCCACCCCCCGCAGUACCAAGAUGCUAGGAGAACAGGAUGAAUAUCUGGAGGAGCCCUUCGGCUUGGGUUGUAUUGUUAUUCCCAGCUGUCAGCGUUUUAAUAACAUGCGCUGCUUCAUGAUCGUCUUCUGCAUCCUGCUGCUGUCUCAGGGUAUUGUGUUUGGUCUUAUAGAAGUGAGCUUCGAAACAUUUCAGAUGGGCCAUCAUCUGCAAAAAAUUCAUAGUAUGGUGGUGUCAUUAAGUUAUGAUAUUUCAUCUUGCCUGAUAGUAGUGUUUAUAUCAUACUAUGGAGGGAGAGGAAACAUACUAAGAUGGCUUAUAGUUUCCUCCUUUUUAGUAGGAUUUGGAUCACUUUUAUUUGCUUUUCCAUAUUUUUAUGGUGAACAAAACAAUCUGAUCUUGGAAACUGAAGAUAUUUGUGAAGAACAGAAGACUAGCAGAUCUUGCAAGAAAUCCUUACCAUUCCAGUCAAGAUAUAUAAUUUUCUUCAUCCUUGGGCAGACUGUGCAGGGAAUGGCAGGGAUGCCUCUUUAUGUCCUUGGAACAAUCUUUGUUGAUGACAAUGUUGGCACACACACAGUUGGUAUUUAUCUAGGUAUUAUGGAAGCUUCAGUAACAAUUGGAUAUGCUUUGGGUUAUGCGAUAGGAGCUCCCCUAAUUAAGAACUCUGAGAAGCAUUCUUCCGAUGAAAGCAUUGGAGAUAGUUACAAUAAUGAACACUGGCUACAGACUUGGUGGAUUCGUUUUGUUUUUGUCGCAGUUAUUGCAUGGUCUACAUUAAUACCACUUUCAUGCUUUCCACAGCAUAUAAAAGGUUCAGCAAAGAUAAAAGCUGGGAAAAAGAAGAUGCCUCAUUUGUUGGAUAGAAUAUAUAAAGAUCAGGAAUUUGGAACUAGUAUCAAAGAUUUAUUUGCUUCUGUUUGGAUUCUGUUGAAGAGUCCUCUGUUUUUAUGUGCAGCUCUGACCAAAGCUUCAGAAUCUUUACUUUUGAUUGGAGCGUCUGAAUUUUUGCCUAAAUAUAUAGAAAAUCAGUUUAUAUUAACAUCUAGUGAGGCAACUGUACUUUCAGGACUUGUUUUAAUUCCAGGAGCUGCCAUUGGCCAGUUUCUGGGAGGUAUCAUUGUUUCCAAGUUACAUAUGUAUUGUAAAGGCCUUAUGAGAUUUAUAAUUAUUACAUCUGCUAUAUCACUUAUACUUGUUUUAUUUGCAAUUUUUAUACACUGUGAUGCAAUACCAUUUGCUGGGAUCAGUGAAGAUUAUGGCGGAACAGGGAAGUUGGGAAACUUGACAGCUCCUUGCAAUUCUCAUUGUAAAUGUUUUUCAUUUUAUUCUGCUGUAUGUGGAAGAGAUGAUAUUGGAUAUUUUUCUCCCUGUUUUGCAGGCUGUACAUAUUCUAAAACAGAAAAUGAUCACAAGACAUAUUUCAAUUGUUCUUGCAUUGAUGAAGGAUUAACAACCUCAGAUGAUCAAGGUGAUUUUAUUGAUGCUAGACCUGGGACAUGUGAUGCAAAGUGCUAUAAGUUACCUUUGUUCACUGUUUUUAUCUUUUCGACAAUGGUAUUUGCUGGUUUUUCUGGUAUACCAAACAUCCUGAUCAUCCUUCGGAUUGUAUCUAACAAACAACGUUCUCUGGCCUUGGGUUUGACCUAUGUGAUUUUGAGAGUUUUUGGAACUAUACCUGGACCAUCCGCUUUUAAAAUGCAGGAUUGCAGAACAUCCGAGGACCAGAGUGUCAUCUUUCUCCUUCAAAGAUUCUACAAAAAUGUGUUGCUGUUUCCUGCAUUCAAAAAAAAAAAACAAAACCACAUAUAG